AUGCUUUCACCACCAAUCAAUUUCCCAAAAUGGAUCAAAGAAAAUAGUGAUAAACUUCAACCACCAGUAAAUAACUACUUAUUAUUUAAAGGAGAAGAUACUAUUAUUAUGAUUGUUGGAGGACCAAAUAAACGUACAGACUAUCAUAUUAAUGAGACUGAAGAAUGGUUUUAUCAAGUCAAGGGCAAGCUAUUAAUCAAAGUUGUUGAUGAUGGAGAAUUUAAAGAUAUUAUUGUUGAAGAAGGUGACAUGUUUCUUCUUCCUCCAAAUGUACCUCAUAAUCCCGUCCGAUUUGAAGAUACAAUUGGUAUAGUUAUUGAAAAAGUUAGAUUACCCCACCAGAUAGAUUCUUUACGAUGGUACUGUGAAAAAGAAAACUGUCGGGAAAUAGUAUAUCAAGAAUCCUUUUAUUGUGAAGAUCUUGGCACACAAUUAAAACCUGUUAUUGAAAAAUUUGCUGCUAGUGAAGAGCUUCGAACUUGUAAAAAAUGCGGUCAUUUAAAUUCAGUGAAAUAA